AUGAUGUCAGCAUCCAUCUUUAGCUGUCUUCUGUUUAUUCAUUAUAUUAAUGCUCAAUCAUAUUUUGAUCCUCUUAUAUUCUAUGGAAGACCUAAACUUGGAACUCUUUAUCAGCCAUACAGUUCUGCUGAGUCGGACAACCAAGGAGAGACUGUCACAAAUGGCUUUUUUCCUCAAAAACUUGAUCAUUUUAGUGAUCCGUCUGAGACUUGGGGGCAGCAUUAUUAUCAUAGACGAAUGCAAAAUUCGCAGUUAGCCUUUCUAGUUCUAGGAGGAAACGGUGAUAUCACUAGGGACUGGUUUAUAAGUAGUGAUUCACCUUAUGUACGUUGGGCAGAAGAUCAUCGAGCUCAGCUUUUCGGAUUAGAACAUCGUUUUUAUGGUCAGAGCAAAGCCGUCAGAAAUAUCUCGACAGCUAAUUUGAAAUAUUUAUCAAUUGCUCAAGCAAUGAAAGAUGUUGAAUCGUUCAUCAAUUGGCAGGUAUCCAACAGAAGGGUACCGGAAACACAUAAAUGGAUCCUUUUCGGAGGAUCUUAUGCAGCAUCCUUAGCUUUAUGGCUUCGACAAACAAAUCCAAAACUCAUAUUUGGAGUUGUUGCCAGCUCGGCGCCCAUCCAAGCGAAACUUGAUGCUUAUGAAUAUAAUAUGGUCGUUGAAAACUUUUUCGAUAAGAAUUCUGCUUGUAAAGCUUGCGUUCAAAAGAUAUUCGAUUAUGUCGUAUCAGAGAUGUACACUACCGCUACUCGAGAAUCUCUCGAAACUGAUUUAAGUUUAAAACUUUUAUAUUCUAAGAAGGAGGUUUCAGUCGGAUAUACCGACACUCAAUUCCUAUUUUGGACUCUUCAACAACCCCUUCAGCUCUUAACCCAGUAUUACAAAACGGGAUCGAGAUUUGAUAGCUUGAAUAUGACUGGGUUCUGUACCGAUCUCGUCUGUCCUGCUGGCAACGAUUCACUCAAGCCAGCUCUUGUAAAAUUCUAUGAGUUAAUUAAAGAAAUGUACCAAGAGUAUUAUGCCGUGACAAUAACGAAACUAGAUAAUGAUUAUCAAAAUGCUGUUGAUACCCUCAAAUUGGAAGAUAAUAAUUCGACAGAUUAUGAUUAUCAACAUCGUUUAUGGCUAUGGCAAUUAUGUAAUGAACUUGGAUAUUCCAUGACAACUGAUUAUGGUAUUUCAAGUUUAUUUGAUUCUACCGUAUCACCGAGCUUAUUUAUCACUAUGUGUAAAGAUGUGUUUGAUAUCAAUCUCGCUGGCAUAAUAAAAGGAAUUGAAAAUACAAAUAAUAUGUUUGGAGGAAUUACUGGUUAUACGGGAACAAAUGCUGUAUUAACCUCUGCUACUUAUGAUACCUUCAAAUACUUCACUAAAACACAUGCAACUGAUAAAUCAGUUCGAAUUUUAACAAUUAGCGAUGCUGGCCAUGCUUCUGAUGUUUACCCGACAACUGAUUCAAACAUUAGAGAUACUCAAAAUAAGAUUUCUUCUGAAAUAAGAAGAAUGCUAACGGCUGAUAUAGACCCUCCAGCAGAAGCAUCCACUGAACUUCCUUGGAAUGUUGAAUUCAGAGUGAAAAAACCUUCUACUAGCGUCUUACUACCAAGAAACGACACAACUAAAUCUUCUUUUGGACGAUCUAAGCUGAGUGUAGUGACUCACAAACUCUCACAAGUGUUCUUUGGACGUCCUCCGUUUGGAUUCACUCCAUCACCUCAAUGGGUAGAAAGCGAUGAACCACCUCUUGAUUUCCUCUAUGGAGCUGUAAAUCAACACAUCGAUCAUGCUAAUGAAGAUUCAACAUACUUCCGACAAUCAUAUUGCCGGAAUGGAGAAUAUCAAACUGAUGAUGGACCCGUAUAUCUAGUUAUUGGAGGAGACUCCGCUAUUGAUUGUAAUUGGAUCAAAGAUAAUUCUUCAACUAUCGUUCAAAUGGCUAAAGAGAAUGGUGCUGUCAUGUACUUUUUGGAGCAUCGCUUCUUUGGUAGUAGUGUAAUCUCAGGAAAACCCACUUUCGAUGAUUUGAAGUACUUAACCAUUACACAAGCUGUUAAUGAUAUUGGAAGCUUUGUCGCGACUGCCAUGAACGAUAAUCGUAUUGAGAAAUCAAAGCCGUGGAUUGCUUUGGGCUCCUCUUAUGCUGGAACUCUUGCUGCUCUGGCCCGAGCAUCAUUCCCUGAACUAAUUGCUGGAGCUAUAGCUUCAUCAGCUAUUCUCAAUCCUCAAUUCUCAUAUAUGGAAAACUCUAUACAAGCAGAUAAUAUAAUCCAAACAUCUAACAAAGCUUGUGCUGAUACUCUUAAAGGUGUUUUCACCGAAUUGCGAACGGAUUUGUUGAGUAAACCAGAUGCUUUGAAGCCUAGCGAAACCAACUUCCCUGAGUUUGCUGAUUGGGAUCUAAAAAAUCUGCCUGAUCAACAAUAUUUCUUCUUGAACUUGUACAGCUCCAUACUAGGAGCUCUUUUCUUCGACAAGGUUGAUUCUUUGGUGGACUUUACACCACAAUUGACUGAUUUAUGUACAACGGUCAAAGAUGUUGCUGGGUUAUCAGCAUACUACACAGAUACAAAUUCACUUUAUCAGAAUGGAAAAACGCUGACCAGAGAUCAAGUAAUAGAUGUUAUUCAAAAAAUUUAUGAAGUUGAUAAUACGAAAGAAGACAAAGCGACUGUUAAUUGGAUUUGGCUAUCGUGCAAUCAGCUAGCAUCAUUCCCCACAACUGAUGCUGGAGAUGGCAUCUUUGGCAGUCCAACACCUGUUGACUUUUUCAUCAACUUCUGUAAAGAUACUUUCGGAACGUUAUUGAACGCAGGAUAUAACUCAUUACUAAUGGAAAAUGAGAUUAGAGUUGUAGACUACUUACUUGGCACAAUUGAAAAAUCGUUAGGAAACGUUGCCAUAACAAGUGGCAGCCUUGAUCCAAGACUUUCAUUGACAAUUCCACAAAUAACAGUUAAUACCGACACAGUUGACAAAUCAACCAGUGCUAUAGAUUAUACACUUCUCAAUGGUACAUCACAUGCAGCGUUGUUCUAUCCAGCUUCAGCUAAAGAUUCAACGGAACUCACAAAUGCACGGAAAAAAAUAACUGACGAAUUACGGAACUGGCAACCUGCACCUCCUCCAGUUACAUAUGCGCCACGUACAUCAACACGAACGCCCAAUAGUAAUGUUACAAGAGGUCCAAAUGUAGAAACAUCUACAAAGAGUGCUGUCACAAUAGGAAGAUAUAUGAUUUCAGUUAUAUUGUUUGUACUUAUAUUGUAA